AUGGAGGAGCAGUUGGGAGGCUGUGGAAUCCUUGGAGUAGGCAUCUGGCUGGCUGUUACCCAAGGGAACUUUGCCACCCUCUCCUCUUCUUUCCCGUCCCUGUCGGCUGCCAACCUACUGAUCGUCACAGGGACAUUUGUCAUGAUCAUUGGCUUCGUGGGCUGCAUAGGUGCCAUCAAAGAAAACAAGUGCCUCCUGCUGAGUUUUUUUAUCAUGCUGUUAAUUAUAUUUCUGUUGGAGCUCACUGUUGUGAUUCUGUUCUUCGUCUACACCGACAAGACUCGAGAGUUCGUGAGCUCCGCGAGGCGUCCCACACAGAGGGAGGUGCUGGGCGCAGCCCACUGCGGUCCGGGAGAGCUCAAAGGGUCUCGCUUGGGACCGCUGUUGAACGGGCCCAGUAGCAAGCUGGUACUUGCACCGCAGUAUCAGCCCCAGG